AUGACAAAUCUGGUCCUUUCAACUGUCUGUACUAAAUUACUUUGUACGAAUGCACAUCUCGGCCGUCGGGUAGCUGCUCACCAUUUAAAAGUAUAUAUCCGUUGUUUCAGAAAUGGAAUUGCUAUUCUCGAUUCAGACAAGACACUGAUUUGUUUACGAAACGCUCUUGAUUUUGUAGGAUAUCUCAUUUGUCAAAAAAGCCGUUCCUUCUUUUUAAAGACGAAGAAUUUAUUUAUAUAUUCGAUAAUGGCAAAAAUGUGGAGCUGUAUCAAUGAUUCUCAAUGGAAGAUCGGGGCUUUUUUUACCAAUUCUUAUGCUAAUCCUAAGAAAUUCCGUUCAAGAAACAAUAAAAUCUAUUUUGGGUUGAACCGACAACCUGAUUGUGUGGUUAUUCUUCAUCCAGAUAGAAAGUCAUCGGUCAUACUGGAAGCUGAUCGAUCACAAAUACCUAUUGCAUCCUUAGUUGAUUCUACGAUCCCAUGGAAAUUAGAUAAAAGAAUCAAUUAUUCCAUCCCUGCGAAUGAUCCUAUGCGGCUCGUAUAUCUAUUUCGUAAUUCGAUCACGAAAACUGUGAUUCUUGAACGGAAAAGAAUCACUGCAAAGAACAGAACACCUCGUUCCCAUUUAUCUUCUUGUACGGAGAAGUCCGCCGCUGGAAUAAUAAUCCACUCCAGAGAAGUUUCUUCUUGGGCGGAGUUAGGAUCUGAACUUCUCCCUGUAGUGGCCAACUACUUGCAAAUUUAUAGCGAAGGUGCAGUACCGCAGCCACAAGGGGGGGCAGCCCAAGUAGUUCAGGGGACGCCAACGCCAGCCCCACAAGAGGCCCCCCUACCCUCAAUUGUGCCACCUUCUUGUUACUCGCUGACCGGGUAUGUGGAGGAUUGGGUUGCUUGCAAUCCGACUUUCAUGAGUGAUGCUUUAAAUGAGAAUAUGAUGGGUCGGGGCUCUUUAGUUCACUCCUCUGGCUUUCCAGCAGCUUCAGGUAGCGGGCCCUCCCUUAACCCUGCUGUGGCCUCUACCCCCUCCUCGUCGUUUUUCCAAGGGGUUGGUUCUGCUUUGGAGGCCGCCGCGGCACCGGCGGAACCCGGGGAGGAAGUUCAGCAGGGGGCCAUUGAGGCUCUAAAUGUCGCUGCGCUUCCCGGUGUUCCUCAGGAUGAGCUGUUUGGAGCCAUGGAGCAAAACCUCGGGACAGCCCGCCCUUCCUCAGGUUCCAGCGGCCCCGCCUGCAGCUCCAAUUCAUCAAGAUAUUGA